AUGUCAGGUUCAGGUGCUUCAGGUAACAAAUUCCGUAUGUCAGUAUGUAAAUAAACCAAAUAAUACAAGAGAUUGAAGUCAAGUCAUGUCGAUAUAAAAGUAUGGGUUAAAUAUUGAAUGUUUAAACCAGGGCAUGAUUGAUUUAUUUUGAUGAUCAAGUAUUAACAAUUUCUUCUAGUUAGCUUUACCAGUUGGUGCAGUUAUGAAUUGUGCUGAUAAUUCAGGUGCUAGAAAUUUAUAUGUUUUAGCUGUUAAAGGUGUUGGUGCUAGAUUAAAUAGAUUACCUGCUGCUGCUGCUGGUGAUAUGGUUAUGGCAACUGUUAAAAAAGGUAAACCAGAAUUAAGAAAAAAAGUUAUGCCAGCUAUUGUUGUUAGACAAUCAAAACCAUGGAGAAGAAGAGAUGGUGUUUAUUUAUAUUUUGAAGAUAAUGCUGGUGUUAUUGUUAAUCCAAAAGGUGAAAUGAAAGGUUCAGCAAUUACUGGUCCUGUUGCAAAGGAAUGUGCUGAUUUGUGGCCAAGAAUUGCUUCAAAUUCAGGUGUUGUUGUUUAG